UCGCUGUGCGAGCUACCGGUGUUUGCGAGCUACCGGCGGGCACCAACUGGAACUUCGACCUGCAGUGGUCGCCACGGGUGUUGUGCGAGCUACCGGCGGGCACCAACUGGAACUUCGACCUGCAGUGGUCGCCACGGGUGCCAGGGCUGCUCUCCGCCUCCUGCUUCGACGGCCACGUCUCGCUCUACAACAUCGAGGUGCGUCUCUCGCUCUACAACAUCAAGUCGGCUAGCAGCAAGGAGUCAGACUUUGGCGCGUCGCUCGCCAACAGAACGCCCAUGGCAACAUCCCGCGCGCCCAAGUGGUUGAAGCGGCCGUGCGGAGCAACCUUUGGCUUUGGCGGGCGGCUGCUGUGCUUUGGAAGCAAGGUGGGGCAAGCAGGGCAUGGGGCGCAGGUGGCGGUGCACAGUGUGGUGACGGAGGAGGGCGUGGUGGCCCGCGCUGACGAGUUUGAGGCUGCCGUGGCGGGCGGCGACAGGAGAAUCUCAAAGCCUUCUGCCAACACAAGGCGCAAGCUCGCCACUGCCCCAGAGGACAGGGAGACGUGGGACUUCCUCACAGUGCUCUUUGAAGACGCACAUCAAAUCCCCUCAUCCCGUUCUCCCGUUUGCCACCAGCUCUUCUCCUCUCCCCAUCUCCACACCGUUGUGCCUGCACACGCCCAUCCCUGGCAGCAAUCACAGCUGCUGGGCCUGCGACGCCACGAGCCCUCUAAUGCCGCUAGUGUGCUGAGGCUCCUACUGGGAGCGGUGGUGGCGAGCGGCAAUCAGAGGGCUCGUGGCGUCACAGCCUCCUUCAACCCUCUUUCCCAUGCUUUAACCCUCGUCCCCUCUCCUCCCCUCCACCCCCUUCCACCCUAUCUUGCCAUGCGCUGCACUUACGCGCCAAGCCAUGAGUGGUCAGUGUUGUGUGAUGAGCUGGCAGCACGGCUGGAGGCAACCGGGGCAGUGGCAGGCGGCAACGCUUACGCACCGAGCCACAAGUGGUCGGUGUUGUGUGACGAGCUGGCAGCGCGGUUGGAAGCACCCCUUUCCAUUCGCCCCACUCUUUUCCCUUUUCACCAUUCGUGUCACCACCCCCUUCCCUUCUCACAGUAUGCGCCAAGCCACGAGUGGUCCGUGUUGUGUGACGAGCUGGCAGCACGGCUCGAAGCGGCGGGGCAGUGGCAGGCGGCAACGCUGUGCUUCAUGUGUGCGGGCUCCAUUGACCGAGUCGUCGACAUCUGGGCCUCCCGCCUGCAGCCCUCACAGGGGUCCCCGCCCCUGCCGCACCUGCAAGAUCUUAUUGAGAAGGCAGUGGUGCUGGGCUUGGCUACAGGACAAAGCAGGGUCGGCGGCAGGUGGGCGGCGUCGCUCGUCUCAGAGUACGCAACGGUACUGGCGGCCCAGGGCCGGGCGGCGGCGGCACAGCAUCUGUUGUCUCUUCUGCCUCCGUGGGAGGAGAGUGUGAAUGACCCGAGUGUGGCCGAGGCUGCCACGGCUGCUGCUGCCUUGAAGGAGCGCAUCUACCGCAGCGGACUCGUUGUCGUGGACCCCUCACAGCCGGCCCCGCCCUUCCCCUUCACGUCUGUCGAUGUGCCUGUUGGCUCCACCACCACCACCACUGCUGCUGCUGCUGCUGCCAAGCCGUAUGCCACACAGCAAUCAGCAUUUGCUGUUGCGCCUGCUCAGCCUUCGUACUAUCAGGCAUGUACCUGCCUCAUCUCCUGCCCGGCAUUUGUUCACCCCCCACCCAUGCAGCCCAUGCAGCCCAUGGCAGCAGGGCAGGCAGCACCAGGCGCACAGCCGUCCUUCAUGCCUGUUGCUCCCCCGCCUGUGGCCGCCCCGCCUCCAUCCACACAUCACAUGCCCUCCGGCCCUCCACCGGGAAUGAUGAUGCCCACGCAGCCGCCACCAGCAGCACGGGCAGCACAGGGACCCCGCCCAGUGGCCUUCACCCCAGUAGCUCCCCCUCCUGCCCACCGCAUGCCCACCGGCCCCCCUCCCGGCAUGGCCCCCACCGCCCCUCCCCCUGGAGUCUUCCCCCCUGGCGCACCCCCCCCUGGGGUGCUUCCCCCCGGGGUUCCCCCCCCUGGCGCUGCCCCCAUGAUGCGCCCCACUGGUCCCCCUCCUGGCGUGCGCCCCCCUGGUGUUGCUGCUGUGGGUCCGCCUGGGGCUGCUGCUGCUGCUCCUGCUGCGGCUGCACCCGCCCCCGCUGCUCCCGAGGCUGCGCCGCCCGCCCCGCCGCCCACGGUGCAAACAGCCGACACCUCCAACGUGGCCCCUGAGCUGCGCCCAGUGGCAGGCACGCUGGGGAGGGUGUACAAGGAGGUGGCAGCGGCGGUGGCGGCGCAGGGCAAUGCGGGGAAGAAGAGGGAGAUGGACGCCAACAGCAAGAAGCUCGGGCUGCUGCUGCAGCGCCUCAACCAGCGCGAUGUGUCGCCCUCCGUAGCUGGCAAGCUGGGGCCACUCUGUGCUGCUCUGGAUGCCGGGGACUAUGCCACUGCUCUGCACAUCCAGGUGGAUCUGACGACCAAGGACUGGGAGGAGUGUGGCGUGUGGCUCACGGCGCUCAAGAGCGUUAUCAAGACAAGACAACAGCUGGGAUGA